AUGUAAACACUAUUAAUCUACAGCUACUACAGUGCCUUUUAGUUUAGAUUUGUGCGGUAUCAGCCUUGUUGCCUCAUAAGUACAACCAAGCGAGGCCAAAGUGUGCAGUUAUUUCUGGACGGACCGAAAAAAAAACUAGAAGUAAAUACGUGUACACAUAUAUAUAGAUCUACACAAACAUCGCGACGAGGACAAGAAUGAUAGGCUGUAUUAGGUAGGUUUUAUAGAUAUAUUCAAGGCUCAAGUGACCGCGGGCGUCGUUCGAUCGAUCAUGAGUCCAUCGUUCUUGAAUUCAGAAACCAGGAUGUGUUUAAUUAAAGCACUAAAACCACACCCCCGGUUAGUUGCUCGCACGUGGCACGGUUCCCUACGCACGUGCGAGGCCCCAUCAUGCCAAGGGCUGCGCGCGCGGCUGGCUGCUGUCACCGACUGGUUUUUUCUGUAGCUCCCUCCGGACCCGGCCCAAAAAAAAAUCGCUACGUACACGGACAAAGCUAGCACGCUUGGAAAAGCGUUACAUGGACGAAAUUUUUUGACGCGUUUCCGAAAACUGCCGGGGCACCGAUUUCGGUUGCUCUUCCUCCUCGCUUCGCUUCGCUCCAGCACCAGCAGCAGCAGCAGCCUCCAGCGAGCGAGCCUAGCUAGACGCAUAAAAAUAUUGCGAGAAAAAGAAUCGCACUAUCUCGUCUCAUGACAUAUGAAGGAGAAGACUAGAGAAGGGGGCCGGGGAGCAAUUCCACUACACAGGACAUUCCUCCUCCCUCGCCCGUCCCAUCCAGCUCCAGUACGCUCCUCCUCCUCCUUCCUCCUGCGCCUCGUCCUCGUCCUCGUCGUCGUAGUCGUCCUCAGCUCGUACGUCUUCUUCCUCGCCCCUCGGAGGCAACAACCACCACACGGGAGAACCGCUGGCGAGGAGCGGAAUUGGGAUCCUUGCAUGCAUGGAUGCGGCGCAGUGGCAUCAGGGGCUAGGGCUAGGGAAGCCCAUGGAGGAGAUGCUCAUGGCUGGAAACGCAAAUCUAAACCAGAAUCCAAACCCACCGCCGGCUGCGCCCUCGGCUCCCGGCGCCCAGAGGGCAGGCGCUCCCGCCGCGGUUGCGGCAGCGCCGCCUAGCGCUGGCGCGACCGGAGGAGCGGGGCCGGAGCGGCGGGCGCGGCCGCAGAAGGAGAAGGCGCUCAACUGCCCGCGGUGCAACUCCACCAAUACCAAGUUCUGCUAUUACAACAACUAUAGCCUCCAGCAGCCGCGCUACUUCUGCAAGACGUGCCGUCGCUACUGGACCGAGGGCGGCUCGCUCCGCAACGUUCCGGUGGGCGGCGGCUCCAGGAAGAACAAGCGCUCGUCCUCGGCCGUGUCGUCGGCGGCUGCGGCCGCCGCCGCCUCCACCUCCGCGGCUAUGUCUGGCACGGUCCCCGUGGGGCUCGCGGCCAAGAACCCCAAGUUGAUGCACGAGGGCGCGCACGACCUCAACCUGGCGUUCCCUCACCACAACGGCCGCGCUCUGCAGCCACCGGAGUUCCCGGCGUUCCCGAGCCUGGAGAGCAGCAGCGUGUGCAACCCCGGAGCUGCCAUGCUGGGCAACGGCGCCGCCGGCAGGGGCAUGGGCGCGCUCUCGGGUUUGGAGCUGCUGAGGAGCACGGGCUGCUACGUCCCACUGCAGCACUUUCAGCUAGGGAUGCCCGCGGAGUACGCAGCCGCGGGAUUCUCGCUGGGCGAGUUCCGCGUUCCGCCGCCGCCGCAGUCUCAGAGUGUGUUCGGGUUCUCCCUGGACACGCACGGCACGGGGGGAGUUGGCGGCGCCGGGGGUUACAGUGCCGGGCUGCAGGAGAGCGCGGCUGGCAGGAUGCUCUUCCCCUUCGAGGACUUGAAGCCGGCAGUGAGCGCUGCUGGCGGCGGCGCGAGCAACGGAGCUGAUCAUCAUCACUACGAGCACAGCAAAGAUCAAGCAGCAGGCGACGGCGGCGGAGCCAGCGGCGUCACCGGCGGCCACGAGGCUCCAGCAGGAUUCUGGAGCAAUAGCAUGAUCGGGAAUGGCAGCAGCAAUGGUGGCGGAGGCUCUUGGUAAAUGGUAAGGCGGCGCGCCAUGCAUGGCUCAUGCACGCGCCGUUGUCAGCAUGCGGAGAUAGGGGGGUAGAGACAAGGAUCGGAGUUAAUAAGAGGGUGGAGGUGAUUAGUGUUCACAUAUGGCGUUUGAUCUCUCUGGUUGUUUGCCUUCUCUUUUUAUUUUCGGUUCUUGGUGUUCGUGUGUGUCAAUCGACUUGGGGGCUAACACAGCAGGAUAUACAGAUUGUUAAGGCGGUGAACCGAUUAUUUACAGCUUCUCUUAGCCAAUCCAUCUCUCGUUUUCUGAUUCUGUAAUCCAAGGAACAAGCUGUCAAUCACGUUGUGCAUUGCAUGCGCAUUAUGUAGAGUAUGUAUUAAUUGAGCAGCUCUAGCUAUGUUAGUGUUACAAGUUAAAUCA